AUGGAGGCUGCACCACUGACCUUGGCGCAUACCCACGCCCGAAAUGCGGUGCUCGAGACUCGCAAGUCCAACCCGGUGGCCGCCAGCGAGGAACACGAUCUGGCGGCGGGUGAGUUUGCGGCUGCAGCUCAGAGUACCCUCGAUCACGAAGCACUGCGUACCCUCCAGCUACUCGAAAGCCACCACAAGAAGCUCGCGGAGAUCCUAAGAUUCCAACAUGAACAUCCAGUGAGCGCAAAUGCAGAGCCCACAACGAAUGCUGCAUCGCCGAAUCCCGCGUCUCAGCCAACCUCAACAGAUGUCGGGGCCAUGAAGACCACUCCUAUCACCCCAGAUACCCAGAACCAGCCUCCAAGGCUGCCGGGGAAUGCUCGCGUGUCGAAUCGGGAGACUACCUCGAUCGCCAGUGACCUCGCCUCUGCACGAGGUAUCCCGGCUCAUCCGAGACGCGCAUCGCCUGUAUCGCCAACGCUCUCCUCUCAGCAGGCCGGAGCGAAAAUGGCAGAAGCUCCAUCAAGAAUCAAGACGGGAGACUCGAGAUGGCAGGAGGUUCCCAUUAAGGGGCGACGAGGGGGCCGUGCAUCUGCGCCUCGACAACCAUGGUCUCCUCCUUUGCCGAGCGCUGCGGAAGUUGCCUCUCAGCAAGCGGCGUCUCCGAGUACCGCGGGUCCGGUCUCCCCGAAGGACAAGACUUCAAUGGCCGAUGAACCAUUCCAACGCUUUUAUUCAACAUUUGAGGGUCUUAUUUCUAGGAUUUCUGCGCCACUGGCCUUUGCGGGGCUCCCUCUGGGGUCGGAGGAGCCUAGGAAAACUACCCUAACAGGUCGGAAAUCUGCUGCUGAGGCGAAACUGGACCGUCAUCCCGCGACUUCGGAUCGAUCAACUUCUUCGGCUGAGCCAGAUGUGAGUCGGCUCUUCUCGCGAGCUGCGCUGCGUUCAAUUCAGGACACUCCAGGAACAAGCCCAGGAAAUCCGAAUGAGUCCUUCUACGUUGUCCCCACUACGGGUGGCACAAUGUCCUAUGCGGGAAUCUUGACACGAGCGGAGAAGGAGGCUCGCAGAAACAGUCUGGAUGAUGCUGAUGAUGACUUUGUGGACGCACGCGAGACCCCUUCUUCCCCAGAAGUGCGCCAGGGUUCCAAUUCACGGACCUUGCGGAGGGGAGCUACUGAGACGAUCACCAAUCUCCAAAACCCCAAGACUCUUGAAGAACUUCAGAUGGAAAACCAAGCUCUGAAACAUCUGUCCGACACGCUUUCUAAACGGUUGCAUAUGUGGGAGGUCAACGCUCAGUCGUCAUCGUUGGCAUUGCAGCAAUCUUUGAGAGCGAUGCACCACCAGACUGUCCCGUCUCCAGAACAUUCUUCAUCCAUAGCUACAUCUCCGACAGCUCAACUUUCUAGCGCUCCAGCCAUGUCGGAAUCAGACGCGCGGGUCAAAGAACUGGAAGAGAUCGUUCGCCGCGGUGAGCAGGAGCUAGAGCGCAUUGGCCGCGAGAACAAAAAGUUGACGAACGUGCUUGGGCGGUAUCGAGAACGCUGGGAAAAAUUGAAGGAGGGCGCCAAGACCCGGCGAGCAGAGGGCCGGGCAGGUGGUGAUGGCCAAGGCAAUCCUCCAGCCGCCAGCCCUAAUACGCCCAAGAAAUCAGAAGACCUGGUCUCUCCAACCAUUGAUACGGGAGUGAGUUCCAAAGCAAAAUCUCACGUGGAGGGUAGCCCUGCAACGGAGGCCGGGCUCCACAUGGAUAUCGGGGACACUUAG